GCCAAAAAGAGGAUUGGGGCAAUAACGUCCUUUGGCGUUCCCACCUCCUUUAUUAUUUUAUUUUUAUUUCAUUUGGCAAUCGGCAAAAUCCCGGUUGACAACUCAAAGCAGAAAAAAAGCUUCAAAACCAUCAGCAAUCUUUUCUUCUUUCCUUCCUUCUUCUGCUGCUCAUUUCCGCGGCUCUCCCGUGUCCAAUCAUCUCUCAAUGCGCAGCAGGAGCAAGCGGCACCACGAUCUCUGAAUCUUUCAUUUCUCAAGCAGAAAAGUCCCCCUCCAGCCCCCCCAGAAAAUAGUCGAAGGAAGGGCGAAAAGUAAUGCGGGUUUUCCUCACUCGGCCUUCUUGGUCGGUGCUGUUGCUGAUCAUACUCGCCGCCGUUCCUCUGUGGACAGUUUCCUGUGCUAGUGUUCUCCACCUGGAGAGGGCUCUGCCUCUGAACUACCCGGUUCCCCUUGAGCAACUCCGAGCUUGGGACCAAGCCAGGCACGCUCGCCUCUUGCAAGGCCUCGUUGGCGGCGUGGUCGACUUCUCAGUCCAAGGUUCCCCGGAUCCAUCACUCGUCGGACUUUAUUUCACGAAAGUGAAACUCGGCUCUCCUCCUAGAGAGUUCAACGUGCAGAUUGAUACUGGCAGUGACGUAUUAUGGGUUAACUGUGCCUCCUGUAGUAAUUGUCCACAUUCUAGUGGCCUAGGGAUCCAGCUUAGUUUCUUCGAUGCUGCGGGCUCUUCCACUAGUGGUCUGGUUCCUUGUGCAGACCCAAUUUGUACUGCAGCUGCUCGAACCAGUUCUACACAGUGUUCGGACAGCGGUCAGUGUGGCUACACAUUCCAGUAUGGAGAUGGGAGUGGAACUUCUGGUGUUUAUAUAACUGAUACGUUCUACUUUGAUUCGAUUUUGUCCGGUUCAAUGAUUGCCAACUCGUCAGCACUUGUUGCCUUUGGUUGUAGCACGUACCAGGGUGGUGACUUGACUAAGACGGACAAAGCGGUUGAUGGAAUUUUUGGAUUUGGCCAAGGUGGCCUCUCGGUUAUAUCACAAUUAUCGUCUAGAGGAAUAACACCUCGAGUUUUCUCUCAUUGCUUGAAAGGACAGGGCAGUGGAGGUGGUAUAUUUGUUCUUGGAGAGAUUUUGGAGCCAGGAAUCAUCUAUACUUCACUUGUCCCAUCACAGGCUCAUUACAAUUUAUAUCUACAAAGCAUAGCAGUCAAUGGACAGGUGUUGCCUAUUGACCCAGUAGCCUUCUCAACGUCAACUGAUCGAGGGACGAUAGUUGACACUGGAACAACUUUGGCGUACCUUGUGGAGGAAGCUUAUGAUCCUUUAGUGAAUGCUGUCAAUGCUGCAGUCUCACAAUCUGCGACUCCCACAAUAAGUAGGGGAUACCAGUGUUACCUAUUCACUUCCAGUUCCAGUGUAUUCGAUAUGUUUCCACCGGUGAGCUUCAAAUUUGCUGGUGGUGCUUCAAUGGACUUAAGACCAGAGGAGUACCUUUCUCAGCAAGGUUCCUAUCUGGAUGGUGGUGGGAUGUGGUGCCUAGGUUUCCAGAAGGGUCAAGGACUAACCAUUUUAGGAGAUCUUGUUCUUAAAGACAAGAUCUUUGUAUACGAUCUGGUCCGUCAGCGGAUUGGAUGGACCAACUACGACUGCUCGACAUCAGUAAAUGUCUCUUUAACUUCUAGCAAGGACUUCAUCAAUGCAGGACAGUUGAGUAGUGUAGGUAAUUCUUCUAGCGACCUGCUCUUGGAGCUGCUGCCUCUAGCCGUUGCAGCGCUCUUCUUGCACAUAUCAAUAUUGAUUGGGAUCAAGGUUUUGUGAUAUUAACAUACAUACGAACCGAGAAGAUUAAACAACAAGAAGAAGAAUGAAGAAGCAUAUAUAAUCUGUCAUCUAAAUUCGCCAUUCUUUGCCAAGUUGUUUCCAUUGGCUUGCCGAGUGGGUCUUCUUCAGAUUGCAAAGGUAGGUUGUUUUGCCCUCCCUCUCUCUCUUACAUAUAUAGUGUUCUUCCAUGUCUUCUGCCCUUUGUUGAUCGGUGAUGGUAACUGCUGAAUUAGGGCAUAUAAUGUGAUCUGUCCAUCUUCUUUGUCUCUUUUCCUUUUGGGAGUGUUAGAUAGGGAUGGUGCCCAAGUAGAGCAAUUGGCCUGAAAGUGUAAAUUAUGUAAUGGUGUUCAAUCAGGCAGCAAGGUGCUUUUUUGGUAUUGUGGUUUUUGUAUUAGUGGCAUCAUCCCCACCAAUUAAAGGUGUUGUUUCGUAAUCAAGGAUGAAGCUUUUGUAACUACCCUUCUCUCUUCUAAACUUUCUGUAGUUAAGAGCAUUUUGUCUUGAGAUUACUUUCUGGAAAGCUGCCUUAGCAGCUAGUAAUAGCAAGUGAAUGGCUACCACUACCAGCAGAUUGGGAGAAUUUGGGCCUCUCUCUCAUCCUGAAGCCCAAAUCUAGCAAGUAUAAAGCUGCUACUCCAGCCGCAUUUGGUAGGAUUGAUUUGUGUGUUGUGAAAGUAGGAUCUUAUAUGCGAAUCUUUCAAUUGUAAAUUCUUCUUCAGUUCUUUGCGAGAGGAUAAAAUUGUUACUUGUUAUUCACACCAUUGCUUGUUCGGUUCUAACUUGGAGCGUGGUGGCCAUUAUGAUUGUGGUGCAUGUUAUUGUAUUGGAGGUUUUAUUGUGUUAAUUAGUAGAGCUAGAAAACGUCAAUUUGAUGGUGCAAUCGUUAAUUCGACAGGUAAAAUUUUGGUAUAAUAUCGUUUUUUAAUAUGAAACUAAUAAACUCGACGCGAUAUCAUAUCGAUAAAACUGUUAGCCACACCAGAGGUUGUCAAAUUGACUUGCAGUGGUCCAAUUGCAUGGUCUUGUAAGCUUUCUUAGAUUUUUUGUAAUCUAUAGUGAAAAUAAGAGUUUAGUUGGUGAAUAAAUCAGGAAACUUAUGUCGAUUUCUUUUAACUAUGAUAUCAUAUUUCUCGUAUGGGACCCUCGUUUACUCUCGAGUCGCACCUCACUUCCGCAACAUUUUCAUUUUUUAUUCACAUGUGCCAGUUAUUCGUUUUCCCUCGCGUCGUGAUUUUGCCUCGUGAUGUAACCCCUUCGUCUCCGAGCAAGAUGUGACAUCACACGUUCUGCGUUGAGUCCAAGUUUUAAUUCCACCGUUGUGAUGAAAUUGCAUAAAAUAUUAACCAUUAAAAACAUAAAUUUCAUUAUUUAUAAGUGGAAAAUGUGUUGGAUCCUUCACAUAGAAAAAUGGUUUUGAAUGAAUGAAAUUAGAAAAUUAAG